UCAUUAUUCCGUUAAAUAAACCAAAGGAAGGCCUGCGUAGUCCCGCCGCUUCUUACCCAGCCAGCCAGCCAGCCUAGCCCAGCCCGCGAAAAAGGCUAACUGCCACCGGAAACCGGAAGUUUCUCGAGAGAGUUGUGAAGACUGACUUCCCUUUGGCUCAGAAAAGAAGGCAACUUUAUACCGGAAGCUACGACCGGUGUCGGAGCUCGGUGCCUCUGACCUCUGCGCCCCCUAGUGUGCCUUCUACCCGUCGCGCACUUUCCGAGCUGGGAUCCUACAGCGGGUGAGGAGAGGGCAGCGUGCGGAUCAGUAGUUUUCCAGUAAUGGCCUGCACUAUAGAGAAGAUCCUGACAGAUGCAAGGACCCUACUAGAAAGGCUGAAAGACCAUGACAAUGCAGCUGAGUCUCUCAUUGACCAGUCCACCAUGUUGCACAAGCAGGUUGCAGCCAUGAAAGAGGCUGGCACCGCUCUUUCUCACAAGUAUCAAGAGGAUGCAGCUGAGCUGAAGGACAUGUCUAAAUACAAACCUCAUAUUCUGCUAUCUCAGGAGAACACUCAGAUCAGAGACUUGCAACAGGAAAACAGAGAGUUGUGGAUUUCUUUGGAAGAACACCAGGAUGCUUUGGAACUUAUUAUGAGUAAAUACCGGAAACACAUGCUGCAGCUCAUGAUGAAAAAAAAAGAUGUGGAUGCUCAGCCAGUUCUGAAAGUGCAUCAGGCUCAGUCUGCAGAAAUUGAGAACCAAAUAGACAGGAUUUGUGAGAUGGGAGAGGCGAUGAGAAAAGCUCUUCAUGUAGACAACGACCAGUAUUAUAAAAUACAAGAAAAGCUAGCACAGUUAGAGCUUGAAAAUAAAGAGUUGAAAAAACUAUUAUCAAUCAGCGGAGAAUCUAUUGAGGUGAGGCAAGAAGAGUUACCCAACGAUGCAUCUCAGUCCACAAAACAGCUGCCUUUGAAUAGUUGAUCUCUGAAGCUGGUAACUGCACGGUUGGAAAGAGUGUGCUUCUUUUCCAAACUGUUCUUUUAAUUCCCUCAUGUGUCCUCUUGGGUAUCGUUCCGGCCUUUCACUAUAAUAUAGAGACUGUGCUUUGUGGUUAUCUGUUGAAAUGACACCCUUUGCAGGCUAAGUUUUGCCCUGCUUAAUCAUGCAGAGACAUAUUUGUGCAGCUAAUGCCUUCUCAGGGUUCUCCUUGCUUUCCAAAAUCUCAGUUGCAGAACAAUCUGAUCAUUUUGGUAUUUCUAUUGUUAAGUACAUUUCUUUAAAAGUCAAGGCUUUUAUCAGAAAGGCAGUAGAAUAGUCUGAACGGACUUUAUUGCCUUAGAAUUAAAUCCUGCUGAUGUCAGUGGGAUUUACUUCCAAGUAAAUGCCUAGGCUAAAUUGUCAUGCAAACUUUAGGCACUCCCAUUCUUCAUUUGAUUUAAUUAACAGCCUAAGCAGUGUUUGGGCUCCAUUUUUUGUUUUAUUUCAAUACAGAUUGCCAAAAUUAUCAGACAAUAAACAUCAAGAAAUAUUAAGAAUGCACGAUUCUCUGUAAAAGUAUUUUCUGAAACUCUACAGUGCCUACACAGAGAGAUCUCCCCAUAGGGUAUAAUAUAACUGUGUAUUUCCCUCCCUGUCUAGCGGUAUGCACAAGCCAUUAUGGAGCAUGGUAGGUUAGUGCACGCCUCAUGUAUCUAGUCCUCUUUUUCUCCAACUUAGUUAAGGAAUCUGAGCCUAUAUAUCUUGACUGAGCAGAGGGGGCAUGUACAGACCUCCAAUUCCUUGUAAUGGGUUGUCACACUGAAUGUUCAUAUGAAGGCUGGAGGUGGGGGGGGGCAACAAGGUCUCUGUUACAUCUUAUGGAGAUUUUUCUGUGUGCGGGCACUACACUUGCGGGGAGAAGAAAUCAUGCCCUACAUAUGUGUUUACAUACUACCAAAAUUAUCUGGAAUGAUACUUCUAAAAGCAGUAUUCUUUGGAACUUCAUGAUAAGUAUUUCAAAAGUUACUCUUUCUGAGAUAAUACUAAAACACUGCUGUUCCAAGAAUUAUUCUUGAAAUUAUUCAUUAUUGCUAAGAGAUUACUUGAGAGUUCAGAUGGGUGCUUUGUGGAACUUCUUUGUGUGCUUUAUUGAAGAACUUGUCUCCAUUCUGAAAAUGUAAAGGAAAGCAUUUACCAGAUAGAUUUGAAGACAAAAAAAGUAAAUUAUAAACUGAUUGUAUAGGAACCCAGCCAAGUCCCGUAUUCAUCUACAGUGUUCUGAAGUUUGUGCUUUUCCUUCUUGCUUGCAGACUUGCACAUCCUCAUGUCUGUCAGAUUCUCUGUUUCACCAUUGUGCUUGUGACUGUAGAGCUAGAAAUUGAGAGAUGUUUAGUCUGUGUGGUCAUGUAUUUGUAUAAAUGUCUGUGUCCUCAUAAUGCUCUUUCAGCUUGUACAGCAUAUUAUCUAUUGCAAAGAUUUCCCUGCUGGGAAAGGAGAUGUUUAAAUGUUCCUGCCUUCUACAGAUGAGGUUUCAGAGAAGGAACUGUGAACUUUACAUGCAUUGUCUGUGGUUUUUGUUACUGUCAAUACUGACCUGAGCUUGAGGCACAAAAGUAGUCACAUACAUGCUUUCCCAUUUAUCUUCUUUCCCAAAAACUGUGGUGGGGAAGAGAGUCAGAUUUAUACUUUAAAUUCAUCUUUUGAUGUUUUAAAAUCCUUUACACUCAGUUUUACUUUGAGAACUGAGCUGAUAAAAAGCUGCUGCUUUUGUGCAUUGUGCAGAUAUGACCUAAUCAGCAGGACAGACUCACCUGCAUAUCAUAACUUUGCAGUGUUAUGCCUUAAAUAUAUGCCAUCAGUGCCCCCUUCAGAAUCAAACAAGCUCUUGUGAUGAGCAGCAACAUGUGCUCAGUCUGUGCAUAGACUCUGGAUUAUUUUCUUAAAUGCCCUUGUAGGAUGUUACAAUGUAAAUACGUAAGUUACAGAGCUGUUGUGCUGUUGUUUACCAUCAUGUCUGUCUGCUCUGAUGAGUGAAUUCAAUGUUCUCUUUACCUCUCAGGUUAUUAAAUAUGUAUAUUUGCUCAUUUUCUUGAAAUAAAUGUUUUGAGGCAA